AGGUGUUCGCUGCCGCCGCCGCGCCGCCGUCGCUCUCCAACGCCAGCGCCGCCUCUCGCUCGCCAAGCUCCAGCCGAAAGAGAAGGGGGGUAAGUAAGGAGGUCUCUGUACCAUGGCUCGUACAAAGCAGACUGCCCGCAAAUCGACCGGUGGUAAAGCACCCAGGAAGCAACUGGCUACAAAAGCCGCUCGCAAGAGUGCGCCCUCUACUGGAGGGGUGAAGAAACCUCAUCGUUACAGGCCUGGUACUGUGGCGCUCCGUGAAAUUAGACGUAAUCAGAAGUCGACUGAACUUCUGAUUCGCAAACUUCCCUUCCAGCGUCUGGUGCAAGAAAUUGCUCAGGACUUUAAAACAGAUCUGCGCUUCCAGAGCGCAGCUAUCGGUGCUUUGCAGGAGGCAAGUGAGGCCUAUCUGGUUGGCCUUUUUGAAGACACCAACCUGUGUGCUAUCCAUGCCAAACGUGUAACAACUAUGCCAAAAGACAUCCAGCUAGCAGGCCGCAUACGUGGAGAACGUGCUUAAGAAUCCACUAUGACGGGAAACAUUUCAUUCUUAAAAAAAAAAA